AUGGGGACACCACUGACAGGGACGGUCAUUAUUACCGGGGGAAAUGGGCUGUUGGGUUCCGAAAUCGCCAUCGAGAUUGCAAAGAAACAACCUUUCGUUCAUCUUUUAUUGACGGCCCGGGAUAUAAGGACUGACGAUGUCCGCGACCUCACGGGGAAGAUCCGCUUGAUCGGCCCUAGAUCAAUCGAAGUGCUGGCGCUCGAUCUGACCGAUCUGAAAUCUGUGGCAUGUUUCGCCAAAACCACUGUCGAUCGUGUUCGUUUCAAAGACAUUCCGCCCGUCAUCAGUUUGAUUCACUCGGCUGUUGCAACGUCUUACGUUGUCGAUGAGCUCACCUCAGACGGCUACGACCCUGUGUAUCAGACCAACUGCUUGUCUCCCUUUUUAUUGACCAUCGGACUGCUCGAGGCGUUCCGGGCUGGCGAUGGUACACCAAAAGGUGGAGCGAAGGUGAUCUACAUCGGAUGCUCUACGGCAUCUUCAGGACAACUGGAUUACUUCGAACGCGAUCAUGGAAGAAAGGGACGCAAACCGGGAACCUCGCUGAGCGCAAAGGAAGAGAACGUUCGAUUUGGAAGCAGCAAGUUAAUGGCGAGCGUCGCAUUAUAUGCAUUGAGGCGGAGCUUGAUCUGGACCGGAAACAUAUCACUCGACAUCUUCACCUUGGAUCCAGGAGGCAUGACUGGCCCAAGCAAUCUGCGCACCGGGGCGCCCAUGUCGGUCAAAGUCGCACACCAGACUCGGUCCGGGCUUCGGCCAUUCCUGCGCAUGGUAUCCCGAAGCUCUAUGAACAAGGCUAGUGUCCCAGCCAAGGCGAUAGCCAGAGUUACAUUCCAGACCGAUAAGGUGGAGAACUGGCAAAAGGAACGCUACUUUAUCCUCGAUACCGACUACGAAGCCGCAUCCGUCCUGUUGAGUCUCCGUGAUGGGGACAAAGUGAACAACUUGUUAGUGCAGAUGAUGCGACAGGUGGAAGUGGAAGCGAAGGAGGUGGAGUCGCCUGCUCCUAUUCGUCCUUGUUUCAACAUGGUCUCACCUCCUACAAUCUCAUUAUGA